UUCACAAAGAGAAAUCACAUCCUAAUGAGCCAAAAAAUUCUGAAACUCUAGCGAGAGAAGAGGAAAAGAAGACGAGGCAGAAUAAACGAAAUAUGAAGGAACAGAAAAACACAAGGAAUGGGGACACAAAGGAGAAGGUGUUUGUGGAUGAAUUGCACUUGCCCCAAUAGAUACGUAAUCAACCAGAACCAGUAUUUAUAAAGCAAGAAAAAGCAGCAACCAAGGAGACUAUGCUCCAGAAAGAGAGGACAAAUGCAAACGACAAGCUAUUGACAUCGACCAAGCAAGAAAAUCCACAACAAGAUAUCCCAUGUCAGCCACGGUACAACCUCAGGAAAUCGGAGUCGAAGAACUCAAAGCUUCAAGCAGCUAAAGAACAGAUAACCGUGAAAAGGAAGCUGCAUCCGAAAAAUCCAGAAGAAACUGAGAUUAUGCAAAAAGUAAACGCAUCAAGGUCAAUCUAUGAUGUCGUGGAUUUGCAACAGAAGCUAACAAAUAAGAAUCCUGCCACAGUUCGUAAAAACCCAGAUAAACCUGAUGAUGUGAUAAAGAGGAGCAUUCGUGAAGAUCUAAUCAGUCAACAAAAUAUUAUUAUACUCCAACCUGAGUUAAGGAAACAUGCAAAAGAGAAUUUCAACCACAGGAUCAUUCCGACAGAUAGAGAUACCGAUGAGGAGAUAUCAAAAGUUGAGAUUAUGACACCUGUUAGCAUCAAACUGAUGCAGAAUAAGGUAGAAGGUACUGAAUUACUUAAAAUCAUGCCCCCAAGAAUACUAAACAAAAAAUUAGGCAGUGACUCCCCUGACAGGCAAGUUAUGUCACUAAAGCAGCCGGCUUCAGUUUUGAAAGAACCAGAGAAGAGAAGGCAUGAGAGGAAUGUAGCACAAGUAAGCAUCAUGCUAACUAGAGAAGAAGAGGAAGAAGCAAACAUCCAAUCACCCAUAUCAAUGGAAGCUACACACACAAUUCCUAGAGUGACACCCUCUGUCAGCUACUCCACUGCAGAUGAAUACCAAAUGCUAAACGAAGACCAUCAAUGCAAAUGCCAAGAUUCAAAAGACCACAAAAGUUUCCAAACCUUUGCAAGCUUCAGUGGUUUUGCUUUCCAAAGAUCUACCAUUUCAGUCUACAGACAGUUCAAUUCAAAUUAAAGCCUUACAGGAGAGCAGCAUUAUAGAUGUUGCUAAACCUUUACAGCAGGAGAGGCCCAAAUCUGAAAUACUAGGGUCAGCUCCAGCAAAUGAAGAUCACCUCAAGCAAAUACUUCUUAGGAGUCGAGUUUUCCUUAAUGCAGCUGUGGCACUCUUCAGAUUUCAGUUUCCUGUAGGUACCCUUCAUUGCAGUACCAACAAGUGUCAAGAUGAAGAUAGUAAACUGCUUUUAGACUCUGGAUACGAAACUAUGAGAAGGAAAGGAAAAAUACAAGAGCUCAAUUGCAAUCCUUGUUUAGGCAUUUCUGUUGGGUCCAAGAAGGUUAGAUGCUUGGACAGCUUGGUUAAGGAGUUGAGUGAGGACCUUGAAACGUAUAAGUACUCUGCUAAUGAACACAUUGAAGAUGAAGCAAGCCACCUACACUAUUUGCUCCAGAAAGACAUCGAAAAUAAGAAUCCAGUCGUAAACUGUAUGUGGGAUUUUGGAUGGAGUGACAUAAUGUUUUCAUGUAUUGAAAAAGAGGAAGUCGUAAGGGAUGUGGAGAAGCAUGUGCUCAAUAGACUGAUAGAUGAGAUUACUAGAGAUUUCAUACAUUUAAGUGUUACAAUCUAUUAACUAUAUCAAAGCUUUGAGGAAACCUAUAGGGUUAGUUUUUCAUUCCAUUACAUCUGGAAAGGGUGUUUUUCGACGAGGAUGUUGGAGUAAAAAAGAUGAAAUGGAAGUAGUGGUUUUAGGAAGUGGUUUAUAGGAGUAAAUUGUGAUUAUUUGAAAGAGAGAUGGUUGUGUUUUCAGGACAUGGAAAAUAUGUAUAGAAUACUCCUAAAUAUUUUGUAAUUGUCAAAAA